AUGACAGCCGAACAGUUUCGAGACUGUUUCGUGGGCGAAAGAGGCUAUGAAGCUUUAAAAAAACUAAUGAAAAGUGGUAAUGAACAUUGUACAGACAUUGCGAAAUGUUGGCAAGAACGUUAUGACCUUGAGAUUGCUUAUGCUAAAGGUCUUCGUAAGAACAGUGAAACAUUUCAGAAGCUUUCAAGUCGAACAAAAGGAUCUUUAGUACAAGCAUUUACAACUAUCGCUACACAAAUCAAUAUCGAAAGUGAAGCACAUAAUUCAAUAGCUAAUAUAUUACUUAAUAAAAUAUCUAUUCCAAUGAAAAAUCUUGCUGAUACACAACUUAAAGCAAGAAAACCGAUUGAGGAUGUACUAAAUGGAAAAUUUAAAGUCUGGAAAGAUAAAAGAGAAACCGAUACUAAAUAUCGUCAACGUCAAUUUGAUAAUUGUAAAGAAAUCGAAGGAUUAUAUCUUAGAAUGGACGAAAUUCCAAAAACAACAAAAAAUUCUGCUAAAGAAACUAGCAAGAUUGAAAUGUCACUUCGAAAAUUGGAACAGGAAUUAGAGAAAAACGAAAAAAAAUAUCAUGAAUCAACUAAAGAGGUUGAGAUAGCAAGACAAACAUGUGACGCUGAAAUGUGUAGAAGUUGUGAUCAAAUGCAAACGAUGGAACUUGAUCGAAUUAAUGAAAUGGAAAAAUUCAUUCAAACGUACACUAAUUCUAUACAAAAGCUUAGUGAAACGAUGAAUCAAAUAACACAAGAGUUAUUCUCUAUCCGUAUAACACCAUCAGAAGAUAUUGUUACUGAAGGUAAAUUAAAUCUACAAACAACUGAAACUGAAAUUCUACUAUAUGAUAUUUAUGCGGAGAACGAACCUAAUACAAUGAGUCAAGAGCGUCGAAUAUUGAGUCUUAUGCAUUGGAUGCAAAUGUUAAAACAAGAUAUUGAAAUACAACGUCGAUCAAAAGAUGUGAGUAGUGUCUUUCCAUUAAAAUCUCGUGAGGGAGAAUCACCAGACGAUGAUCGAAGUUCAUCAAGUGAUGGAACGAUGCGUUCUAGGCUCGCUCAAUCACAAACAGGUAUUGAAAACUUACAAGGAUUUUGUAAACAAAAUCAGAAGUUUUUAAGUAGUGUAAAUCCGAGUGAAAUAUUUACUAAUCGUGAAAGUGUUCGUCUUCUGCAAUGUCUCUAUCAAGGAAGUUUAUACAAAAUGGAAGUACUUUAUAAUCAAAUUAAGCAUUUACCGGAACCACAAUAUGAACAUUCACAACGUUUUGCCAAAAGUUAUACAGAUAAAGGUGUUCCAACAAGUUUUCUUCGAAUUCCAUUUCAACCACUAAGUCAAACUCCUGCGUCUGCUCCAUCUGUUGUGAGCUGUCUUGCACGUUCAACGCCUGUCUUUGGCGCACCUCCAAUGAUGCAACAACCUGCACCACCGCCACCAUAUUCAGCUCAUACUCAACCACCAAUCGGCUGGGCAAUCAAUGAUAUUCCCAAUGAGCAUUCAGCACAAGAUAAUCAAUCCAUGGCACCUACACUACCCUAUCCAGUUCUUCCAUCUGUAAUGACAGCAUCAGCUGACUCUGUUCGACAACAACAACCCACAGCUAAACAUGUUAAAGUAAUGCAUGCCUAUGAUGCGAGACAUGCCGAUGAAUUAACUAUACGACCAGGUGAUAUUAUUGUCUUAAUGGAACGGCGUACUGACAAUUGGUUUAGAGGUAAUUUGGAUGGAAAUAUUGGUUUAUUUCCAGGCAAUUUUGUACAAGAAUUAUAA